UUUACGAAUUUCUUUUCCUUUUGUUUUCACACAUCAUGCUACUUUGUAAUGGGUUCGAAAAAGAUUGUCCGGCUUCAUUUAGUUGUGGAUACCUUGGCAAUAUUAGCUUCCCUUUCACUACAACGCAACGUCAGGAUUGUGGCUUAUUGCCAAUACAUAAUUGUGAUGAUGCUCCAAGGAAGCCCAAAAUGAUCCAAUUUCAGAAUAAAGGGAAAUGGUUUGAGGUUGGAAUUGUAAAUCCUCUUGAGUUUCAUGCUGGUAAUGCUACUUGUACUUGUGUUUUCAGAGACAUGAAUCUCUACAAACUGCUGCAAGACAAAAGUUGUGAAGCUUUCAGAUAUAGAUAUAUUCUUCCUCCCACCUCUCACUUUGUUUCUUUGCAUAUAGAUUCUCAUGCAACCUUGUUCAUGUGCAACCGUUCCCUGCAUGUAAACCCUCCAACAUAUAUGCACAACUAUACAAACUGCCCUCUCUAUGAUUUCUACUACCAACCUUUCAAAAUUACUGAUAAUGCAUCUCUAAGUGCUUUUACAGCUUGUACAAAGGCCCAGCUUCCAGCUAAGGAUUUUGCUGAUGCUGACGACCCUUUUACUUUCGUAACAGCUGAUAUCACAACUCAAGUAAACAUAAAAGAGGAAUGUGCAAGUUGUCACUACAACCAAAGAGGACGGUGUCAACUUGACAGCAACGGAAGGUUUUAUUGUGCCAAUGGUAAAAAAGGGCUGAGGUGGAAUGUUAAAAUGGGUAUAGCUAUCAUGGUGACUUUUGGAGUUACAGUGAAGGAAGAUUCAACUCAUCAUAUUAUUGAGGAGUAUAUGAAAGAACAUGGACCUCUUCCUGCUGCAGCUAGGUACAGUUAUUCAGAUAUAAAAAAAAUAACAAACUCUUUCAAAAACAAAUUAGGCCAAGGAGGGUAUGGAAGUGUUUACAAAGGGAAAUUACAUGAUGAGCGUACUGUUGCAGUGAAGAUUUUAAGUGAAUUAAAAGGUGAAGGUGAAGAUUUCAUCAAUGAAGUUGCGAGUAUCAGUAGAACUUCACAUGUCAAUGUUGUUAGGCUUUUGGGGUUUUGUUUGGACGGUUCUAAAAAGGCGCUAAUAUAUGAAUUCAUGCCUAAUGGAUCUCUUGAGAAGUUCAUAUAUGAAGAGAAAAAUCCACUGCAAGAUGACCGGCAAUUGGAUUGCAAAACUUUGUUUCAUAUUGCAGUUGGUGUUGCUCGUGGAUUAGAGUACUUACAUAGAGGAUGUAACACUAGAAUUUUACAUUUUGACAUAAAGCCUCAUAAUAUAUUACUAGAUGAGGAUUUCUGUCCAAGAAUUUCUGAUUUUGGACUUGCUAAAAUAUGUCCAAGAAAAGAAAGUAUUGUAUCCAUCUUUGGCGCAAGGGGAACACCUGGAUAUAUUGCUCCAGAGUUGUUUUCAAGACAUUUUGGCAGUGUGUCGCAUAAAUCAGAUGUCUACAGUUAUGGAAUGAUGGUCUUAGAGAUGGUUGGACGAAGAAAGUGUGAAUAAGAAUUAGUUUGUUCCUAGAAUAAGGCUUUGUUCCUAGAAUAAGGGAAACAAAUUAGAAAUUGAUUUGUUCUCAUUAAAUGUAAUUAGUUAGUGUAAUUACCGGUAUAGCCCUGUAACCUCUAUAUAUAUACAAGAAAUAAUAAUGAGAAAAGUAUU